UGUGUGCGCGCGCGCGUACAUUUAGUAAACUUAGCCGUAUCAACGACAUAGCUACGGAAUCUAGUGAAAUUAACAGGUUUCGUCAAACUUCCACCAGAGAGAUAUUAGCAAUGCGGAAAACGAACACUUCACUCAAUAAGCUGAACUACGCCGAGAUACUCUGCUGGAUACUGGCGGUGACAAUGGCUCUGGUCGCAGUCACUCAGGCUACUAGGGUACAAGACAUCUCACGCUUACCGAAGAUGAAACCGAAAGAUAUGGAGCGCGCAUGCACCGGCGCGUGCGAUUUCAUGGCAAACUAUUGUCAGUGUCUAUCACCUAGUGCCAGAAACGACAUCAAAGACAAUGGAGACCGACAGAGAAAGUUUCACCGCAUGGUCUGUGUGGCUGUGUGUAACUUCACGUGGAAGUGCAAUUGUGAUCUUACCGACAGCAGUGGCUACCGACACUGAGACUGAAUGUCAAACAAUAAACAUUCGGAUCGGACAUCGCAACUACAAUUAUAUAGCACUAUUUCAAUACUGCUAUGUGCGAGUGAUGUAAUAUUGAUAAUAUUGAGCAUUCCCUAAAUUUCAACUCUCAGAAAAUACAUGGGCACCUGAUCUAAAUUGA